GUUAUUCCCUUCCUCGAGGGAGGCGAUCUACAUACACAGAUGCCCAAAUGAAGGCCCCUUUUCACCGGGAUAUUACGUCCUCACAGGAAUAGGUAAACAAUUUCUUGCAUUAUCAUAAUUUAAUAUUUGCUGUAUGCCCGAAGUAUCUCGUUUUCCACUACUAUUAUGUGUUGCCUGCAGCUGCCUACAGGGAUUUUCGGAACAGCCAUUAUUCUCUUAAAGAUGCCGAGACUGCCACGGUGCUGCUGCGCAGUUCUCAACAAUUUCACAGCCGAUGAUCUCCCACCAUUACAUACCCCCCUGUUGACCCUGCCACCUACUCUCGUACUGUAGCAAUGCGUUUGAAGCUGCUGGCACUGGGUUACUGCGCCCUUCUUGGCCUGCAGGGUGUCGAAGGUGUCACAGUCUACGGGCAGAUUCCGCUGGGGGAGACUCAGUCAGCCAGUGGUACUUCCACCUCCUCAGCCACUGCGGCCACAUCAACACUCGCAGCCUACGAUGAUACUGUAUUGGCUGCGCCCUCUGUACCAGAUCCUGCGCCUUCAACAGCUUUCACAUUGACCAUACCCGCCGUUAAUACAUCAGUAACAGGGCUCUCGAUCGCUCACUCGACUGACUCCUUCUAUGGCUUCUCAAUCGAGAUGUCUGUCCUGACCCAAGUCCUGGGGAAGAACUCGACGCACAUUCAACCGAUCUUCUUAAAUCUGAUGGCUCUCAUCGCACAAAGGGGCGGCCGCGUACGGCUACGUGCAGGGGGUAAUACACAAGAAUACGCGACAUACGAAGAAGAGCUUCCGGAUGCCAAUGGAAAAUGUAUUACUAAACAAUCAGUUGACUCGCAAAAUCCAACAGAAACACCUGCGGUCAUUUAUAACAUGGACAUGUUCUAUUUAUUCGCCAAUAUAUCUUCGUUGGUUGACAUCGCUUGGUUUCUAGGUAUACCUUUCAAUGAUACUUCGAACUGGAGAUUUGCCAUUGCCGAAUAUGGCGAAAGCGUCUUGGGCGACAAACUGCUAGGACUUCAAGCCGGUAAUGAGCCAGAUCUUUACGUUGAUCAUGGACAUCGAGAUGAUGGCUACGAUGCGACAUCGUACUAUGGCGAAAUCCAAGAACUGAUCAGUGCCAUAAGCGCUGACGGAAACAUACCCACAAAGAACAACCUUGUGGCAUACUCGAUACAUGCAUUGACAGCCUCACUGCUCUCAGUUGAACAUUAUCCGAACAACAACUGCUUCGCCAUGUACGGGACAGGCUCAUACGUGGAUCCGCAGACUACAUUUCCUGACUAUCUGAACCACACUUCCGGCGUUUCAUUAGUUGAGCCAUAUCUGAAUUCCACCUCCAUUGCGCAGACCUACAAUCGGCCAUUUUACAUGCUCGAAAUGAAUACAGCAUCUUGUGGUGGUUUCCCUGGGAUCUCGGAUAGUUUCGGUGCGACUCUGUGGGCACUUGACUAUGGGUUGCAGAUGGCCUACGGCAACUUUACCGGAGCUAUGAUUCACGUUGGAGGUCAAAACGUUUAUUAUAAUCCUUUUACAGCUCCCCCGACAAAUGAAUCGACCUAUCACCAAUGGACGAUCGGCUCGAUUUUUUACUCUGCGCUAGCGAUUGCUGAAGUGUUUGGCACGUCAGGAACUUCACAAAUCAUGGAUCUUGGAGGAAAUGAUGACAGCAUCUAUACCCCACAGUAUUCCAUCUAUGAGAACGGAAAUCUGGCCAAGGUUGCCCUAUUCAACUACAUUACGGACGAGUCCGGGUCUAGUGAUUACACCGCAACGAUUACAAUUGACGGGGGAACGGUCCCUGAGCAGGUUUAUGUCAAAUAUCUUCUAUCAGAUUCAGUAUCAACGAAAGACAACAUUACAUGGGCUGGUCAGACUUUAGGAACAAAAUACACUGUUGACGGUAUCCUCAAGAACGAUCUAAGCGUCAUUACCAUCACAUGUGAUACCUCCGCCAACACUUGCAGCGUUCCUGUGAACGCCCCCGGAUUCGCCCUCGUCUUCCUCACUGAAUCGGAAGUCUCCGAAGUCACUCCCGAGUCAGCUUCUACAUUCGCGACGACGGCAUACACCAAAACUAUCAACACACAGACAGUCGACGCAAGUGUCCUAGCUACUUCUAAUGGGCACUCCGGUGACUCGUUCCCAGUUUAUGGAAGUACGAGUAAGAAGAGCCAGUCUGGUGCUCUUGGGUUGAACGAUGUUUUGAAAGGUGGAUCAGUGCUCUUGUUUUCAAUGGCUUGGGGAGCAAUAGCUGUAUUAUUUAUCCGAUAAAUAUUUCUAAUGGUGAACGCUAUCUCAUUGUUUUCAUGUGUUGUUUAAAACCUUCAUCUGCUGUUCAUCUACGUUGGCUGGGUCAUCAGGGACAUUUUACUCUACGUUCGACACAUCUUGUAUUGUAAUUUCGUCAAUCAAAUUUAC